AACAGAAAGACCUGAAGACUCGAUGCGAUACACUAAGCAAAGAACUAGAGUUCAGAAGAGCUCGAAGCCACAUGGUGCCCAUCACCCUGGAUGAAGCACAGAAACACUCGGAGCUUGCUGUGUCCUCUGACCGCAGAAGAGUCCAGCACAAGCCACCUGCCCAGCGGCCCAUCACCGAGGGCCAGCUCCCCGUCGUGGUGGGGAGGGAGGGCUUUGCCUCUGGGCACCAGUACUGGGAGGUGCUGGUGGGAGAUGGUCUGGACUGGGAGCUGGGGGUGCUGACGGAGCCUGUGAGGGGGACACUGAACGAGAGGAGGUGGGAGGAGCUCCCUGAGGAUGGGGUCUGGUCGCUGAGAAGGGUGAGUGGGCAGUACUGGCCUGAGGAGGUCAAUGACAAGAUACUGUCCUGGAGCAGUGUCCAAAUACCAGUGGUUGGGCUGUACCUGGACUUAGAUCUGAGCACGCUCUCCUUCUACAACCUUGGGACUUGUGACUGCAUCCUGGAAAUCCCCAUCAAAGGCCUUGAAGGGUCAACCAAGCUGUACCCUUUCCUCAGGCCAGGCCUUGGUGAGGCCGGAGAGGAGGGGAAACCCCUCACCAUCAACCACAACACAGACUGGGACUUCCCAAACAGUCCAAAAUAAUACAGGAACAUCUGACCUGAGCUGCACUAAAUUUCCUGCAUAACAUUAGAUUCCUCAGAAGGGAGAGAGCAGCAGAGCUGGUCAGUGAAAGCUCUACUUUGCUCCAUGCAAACCCUGACAGUGAGAAUUCAGACAAGUCUGGACUGGGAAAUCCACCAAGACCAAGAACCCCACCUGAGCAUGACAUUUGCGGUGCCACGUGCUCCAUCCCUUCCCCAGGUGAGCCAUCGGGAACCAUCAACCUGGGCCAAGGGUCUGCACCCACAGCUUCUGCAGUGAACACUGCCUUUGUUUCAACCACUCCCACAAGUUUCUACUCCAUAUUGCUCUUCAUUAAAUUGACAAUAAAAUAGGAAACAAUG